CCGCUGACGACGCCGCCGCCUCUGUUCACCCGUCGUGACCAGCAGCAGCAGCAUCAUUGGCAUCGCCACUCGGGCCGCGUGCGUUGCUCACCGGGCGAGGCGAGGAGGUGAGAUGAGCGAUCUCUCGGAGAAGGAGAACGAUCCGCUCCGUCCCUGCGGACGCAGCGCCAUGAACGGCCACGCCGAGUCUCCGCUGCAGAGGCUGAAGAAGUCCCUCUCGCUCAAGUCCAAAGUGCUCAACAAGCGCAACAAGAGCAGCCAGGAGGGCAUUCUCCAGUGUUCCAGGCAGCAGCAGCAGCAGCAGCAGCCGCCACCACAGAAGCAGCAACAGCAGCUGCCGUCGCCUGCAUCUAGCGGCGAGCCUGAGGUGGCGCCGCAACCUCCGAGCCCAACGUACCCGCGUGGUCAGCCGGGGCGUGCCGACCGGACCCACACCUUCCAGGAACACAGCUUCAAGAAGCCGACUUUCUGCGAUGUGUGCAACCACAUGAUCGUCGGCUCGGGCGCCAAGCCCCAGAGCAAGAUGGGCGUGCGAUGCCGGGCGUGCAAAAUGAGCGCUCACCACCGGUGCCACGCGUGCGUCAUGCAGCAGCGCUGCGUGGGGAAAAUGCCCAAGGGAUUCAGGAGACACUACACCUCGCCCCUGCUGCUCAGUGGCCGCUACGCGUGCAUCAAAGAGGUGAUGCCCCUCGCGUCGGGGAACAAGUUGGACCCCGUGUACGAGGCGCUGCGCUACGGCACGUCGCUUGCGCAGCGCGGCCGCUCCAAGUCCGAGGCCGACGACCCCAACGACGACCCAAACGACGACCCCAACGACGACCCCAACGACGACCCCAACGACGACCCUGGGGAGCUACCCGAGGUCCCGGAGGAGGCAGACGCCGACAGUGAGAGCUCGGAGAUGGCGCGCGGCCCCGACGGCGGUGGCGUGUUUCACACCACAGAGAACGGCCUCCAGAAACUCAGCAUUGAUGAACAAAAGUGGGGGUCCCUGCGAGGGAGGCAGGCGGCCGCAGCCGCCGCGGGGCGGUACUUUGGGCAGGCCUACACGUACGUGGUGCUGUACAAGUUUGUGGCCCAGGAGAAGGAUGAUCUGCAGCUUACGCCAGGACAGAGGCUUAUUGUGAUUGAUGACUCCAAUGAAGAAUGGUGGAAGGGAAAGAUGGGGGACAAGUUGGGAUAUUUCCCGGCCAACUUUGUGAUACGCGUGCGAGCUGGGGAGCGCGUCCUCCGCCUGGCACGAACCUUCGUGGGGAACAAGCAGCUGGGCCAGAUCACGCUCAAGCAGGGCCAGGUGUGCGUGGAGAAGGGCGAGGAGUGCAAUGGCUUCCUCAAGGUGACCAGCGGUCGCAAGUUGGGCCUGGUGGCCCUCGACUACCUGGAGGAAAUCUGACGUCGUCCGCUGCGUCUUCUGCACAAGGAGCUCCUUGGCCUGUCAGAGGGUUGUCCGGUUUGCUUUAUAACCACCGCGGUUAUUCUUCAUUCUCGCACUGCAUGCUCAGUCCCUACGAGUUAAUUUAUUUGCACGUGUGCUACGGUGCAUACUCGCCUUCCGUGCUGCUCCAGACGAUCAUACAGGUGCAUGCACUAAAGUUCUUGUGCACAUAUGUACAUCCAUCCGUCAGUCUGCAAGUGAGCGAGGCGCAGGCAAGGAUGCCGUCUGCUCCGCCGACAAGUGCGAGGCAAAACACCGUAUGGCUGUUCGGUCCGGGAGUUGGUGGCUGAGCGAUGCCCAAACAUUUGACCCGUGACCAUGCUUGUCAUUUGAGAGGGUGGCAGCGAGGGUGGCAGCGAUAGAGGAGCUGUUUUUUUUUGGUUCUGGGGUAGCAAGGGACUACGGAUGAUUGUGGCUCUUUACCACUGCAGUGGACUGGGGACUCGUGAAGUCUUUGAGAGCCCAUUUAAGGACGUUGGUGUCACAUAUCCGCACGACUCGCCCACCGACCCCAGCCCAGACCCAUGAAUGCUCAGGCUGCCUCAGCUGUUGCUUGCAGAUGCUUGCUGCUGGUGAUAUAGGAAAGAUCAAGCACAGGGUAUUCUCAGAGGCCGUGGCACCUCCAUCCACGCCUUAUGUUUCCCGAUUUUUUUCGAGGUUUCGCUGCAGUAGCCCACAGUGUUCGUGGGCUGCUGUGUCGUUUUUUGAAUUUGCCGUUUUCCAUAAACAAUUGUGAAACCUGUUUGCAAGCUCUGCAUGCGAUGUUCUCAUAUACGAUUCUUCUUACCUAUAAAAGAUGCCUUUUCGGAAAUACACUUUUACUCUUAGCAAUAUCUUGAGAUGUUUUGCUUUCAUGCAGGGAUGCUGUUUUGUACUUUUCGUCUGUCCCACUGGCCUCUGUUGUCUCGUACAGGGUUCUUCGUGAUCGCGGGAGCCUUUGAUCGGUGUUGGCGCAUCGUCCUUGAAGGCCAGAUCUGGCACAUUCGUCAUAUUUGUAAUUUCCCACUGCGACGGCCACGAGCUGCAUGAGUAAGAGAAAGGAAUUGACAUUUUUUGAAAUUACAUAUUCUGCAUGACAUUCAAAGUUAAACUAUCAUUGCCCAAGAGCCGUGCACGGGGCAGUUCUGCAUUUACGGUCUCUGCUCGCUACGCGAUUACAGAACGAGGGCACUGCGCACAAUUGUCGAAGCUUUCGACGUGAAGUCAAAGCUGCUUCAACUUCAUCUCACUGUUGUCAACAUUGGGUCGGCAUGUGACGAUAUGUUGAAUGUAGUACCUCCCAAUGGCUGCAUGGUUUUAUGUAAACCAAUGGCAUCCAACCGUACACGAAUGUAACACAAUUGAUACUUACAGUACAUGCUCCGCGUGAUUAAUCAAUUUCGAUUACACACAGGCGCAAUGAACGCCCCCUACUGGUGGACAAAUGCUCAUUUGCAGGCCAGGUGGUCUGUCACUUUGUGCCCACAGAGAUGAGCUGCAGCCGGUGGGGGGGGGGGGGGGUAUUCUCUUUCAAAUGCGUUGAUGAGAAGUAAAAUAAAGUGACUGAGAUGUCCCGGCCUAUAGGAGGGCACCAGACGAAAUACUAAAUCCUCAUAGUUUUUGUUGUGAAUGUAAGACACGGGAUUUAAUUGACACAAGAAUGCAUUCCCGCUGCCCUCCUCGACUGAUAGCGAAUUACUCAGCAGCUGGAUGGUUGGAGGGGUGUUCCUUGUUGCCAUCUGUUACAUUGUCCACGUUCUGUAGCUGGCUCACAAUUUCUCCGGGGGGGGGUGUUGAAAAAAUAGCUACCACUUUGUGGGAAGUCAACAGUGGUUGUCCAAUGGAGAGCUUAGCCCUACCCAAACGGAGUACCGUGGACUUUUCACAUCACUAGAGAUGAGCAACAGCUUCCAGAUUUCUUUCAAGCCUUUUGGGUGAAUGCUUCGGACCUUCCCGGUGUAAUAUCACGAGAAGAUGCUUUGUGCUAUUUCUCUCUUAUUUAAACGGUUUUGAUUUAAGCAACUAGUGCUACCGUGUUGCAUCUGAUUUUGAGACGUAUAAAAACAAGCCCCUUUGCUGACAUGUCUUAUACAUGUCUAUAUAUUUUUUAUAACUGAUAAAUUAAUCAACAAAAAAAACACUGAAGAGUCACGUGCGUGUUAUGACCCCGUAAGGCUGUAUGUAUUUUCUUACGUUUUGAGCUGCCGAUGCAAUUCAUGUUUUAUUUAUUACCGAUGGGGGGUUUUAAAAGUUUUGCAUUGACAAACUGUUGUGUUGCAAUAAUCGCUUGCUGAAAUUUAACGAGCAAAUGCACCAAAAUGUUACGCAUUUUAAUUUUACUUUCAAAUGAUAUUUGCAAACUUAUUUUUUUAAAACCGAGUUGUGUUAUUGCGAACUGAAUGGCCUUCUUUGAUGUUAAUUUGCACAGCGACUUAUAGGGAGCUCGCCUUCUUCAUGAUCGUCCUCAUCAUUUUCGUUGUAGAUUUUUUAUUUACGAAGCACCCGUUGGCAGAAUCCACAAAGUGCACAUCACAUGGCCCGUGCCUGGCAGAGCAAACCACAUCGCGAAGACUCGAGGGGGAACGCCCUAGGUGUCAAAGGCGUGGUGAAAUAACUUUAGCGGGCAUUUGCGUUUGACCGUGAGCACGUUCACCUCAUACGCCUGCAUUGUUCAACACGGAACGUCACGAAUGCUUUAAUGUACGCAAACCGAUAUAAUGGAGUUCUGCUUAUACUUACAAAUGCGUUGACCUCAUUCACUGUCGACAAUAAGGACAAAGCUGCGGUGAUCGAUCUUGUGAAGGCGAUUUGUGCUAUAACCUGCGCGCUGCCCUUUGCUGGGCGUAACAAUGGGAGUAACAAUGGGAGUAACAAUGCGAUGUCCGCCCCCUCGGUGUUGUUUGACGCCACUCUAUGACAGCAACGGAGGAUGGUGCUGCAGCAAGUCUGCUGGUUCACGGAUGCAUUUGCUUGUGAAUGCGCUACUCUUUCGCCUCCAUGUGCAAAUUCAGCCCCUUCUCGGACAUCUCGGCCAUCUCCUUAUUUUAUUUAAUCCGCCAACGUAGUUGCCAGUUGCACGUCUCGCUGCAGCGUCUGCAGCGAACAAGACGUGGACACUGAACGGCACCUUCAUCUCCCAGGGUGGCGUGGUUUUUUUCAAAUGCGUAUCUGCAAAGCGUCACUCCGCUGAGUGUAACACUGGAAAUGGGGGACACUGCGGAGUUUUGCUCUCAACACACCGGCGUGCUGCUGUACUAGUAACGAAUUGGCAUGUUCUGUUUACGUGACAAACUUUACUAAUUGGCUGUGUCGGGUGGUGGCGGGUUUAACAACACAUUUAUAUUUACGCGAUCUAACCCCCAUAAAAAAACAUGUAUUGUGUAUGAUAUUGGUCGCGAAAGCCUACGUGUUACACUGACUUCUGGGUUGUUUUGCGCUUUGGAGGGCAUGUUAACCCAAUUUCCUUCACGUGCGGGUGGAGUUAAAAUUAAAAACAAGGCACCCGUCCGGCCGUGAGCUGGCAGACUGAUGGCUGCCAAUCACACGUGCUGAACACGAAGCAUCCACGCGACCACGGCCCACAUCUCCGGAUUAUGUUAUCGGCAGCAGCUUGCUCAGCCGUGUAAAGAUCGCUCCCGCACUAGCAGGUGCUCGUGCUGAAUGAUUGCGUGGCUAUUCACACUGACGCGAGGGGGCUGUGCAGGAGGGGGGGCGUUGGAAGGCUUAGCUCUGAGACCAAUGUCUCCGUGGUAAUGUCAGUCUUUCCGAACCAUUGACUGACAAGAGAAAAUUACUCGCGAUGUUUUCAAUCAAGAGGCGCACUCAAGCAGGUGGGCAAAAGGGGGAACUUCCUCCUCCCCACCCCUCCGUCACCGAAAAAUGACAUUUUUCUUUAAUAAUUGAUGAGUGGAGUGUUUUUCAUCUGAUUUGGUGCUCGUGGUAGGAAACCAAUUUGCACCCUCUGAAAUGUUGGUCUGCAUAUUCCGCGGUUGUAAAUGUAACUAAGCUCAGCAUCUACCACCCUACUGGUCAUUUCUGUCCAACUGUAAGUCUACCGUCAUCCUUUAUGGUGUCACGCAAUGUUGUCGUCAAUGCUGUCAAUAUAUCUGAUUGUGAGUCCAUCAGUGCUUGAUGUCGGCGUAUUGACCACUCCCUACUGAAAGCUUUAGAGCGUUCGUUUUAUGUUGCCAUUCGGCCAUUGGCAGCGAAUUCCACACUGGCAAUGAGCAGCGCGUUUAUGCCAUCUCGGUUUUUGGCUCCAAAGGGAAAUCCUCGUGGUGCUUGUUGGGAUUCCGAUUGCAGGUGAAGAGCUCGGCCAUUGCCUGAAUAGAUGGUGUUGUUGUUGUUGUUGGCGGCACACAAGGCCUGCCCGUGGGCUUUGCGUGGAGGGGUUUGUGUUUCAGGGAGGGGACUUGCUUGCUGCGUUUGUCUCAUUUAUUUUUUACUAAAUACAGACAGGCAUCCAUAAAAGAUACAGGGCAUACAAACAAUGGCCCAUUCGAGUUUGAUGCAUGGUGAGCUGCACUGGCUACAUAUUAAAUACAGGAUCACGUAUAAAUUAUGCCUACCCGUCUGCAAGAGUCACCAUCAAUCUGCUCCAUCUUUUAUCGCCGACCAGUGCGUACCAGCUUCAACAGACCCAAAUCGACUCCGACUACGAUCCGCGGCUCGCGGCGACCUGCAAUACCCACGUGUAAACCUCGUGCGAUACGGCCAGCGCAGUUUCGGGGUCUCUGGCCCAAAGACCUGGAACACACUACCAGCUCAUGUUCGGGAUCCAUCCCUGAGUCUGAGCUAGUUUUCCACAACAGACUCAAAACAGUGUUGUUUCAGAGAGCCUACUUCAACGUGUGAUCGAUGCGCAUUCGUGAUGGACUGGACUUACGAUAGUGCGCAAUAUCAAACGUUCUUACUUUUUGCGCAGUAUACAGAAAUAUAAAUUCCAGUUAUUUUAACAAAAAUAAUAACAAUGUUAUUUCAAUGCAAUAAUUUAGCUUGUGCUAAUACCUGUUACAAUUUUUUUACUUUGUGCUGUUACGAAAUAUACAUCUUGUGUUUACAGAAUUUGUGGCUUUUUUUGCAGGGUGGUUUGAUAUAUUUAUUUAAUAUUCUAUUUUUUUUGUGAAACAAAACACUAUGCAUAUUUGAUGUAAUUUAAAAGCGUGGAUUAUGUUGUGUUUCUGAUUGAUAAUUCAUUUGGUAACUUUAUUUCUUCCUGCCCUUGCUGUGCGUAAAGAUGCGGGUUCUUUAUUGCGAACUUCGUGAAUGUGGCACGGUCUGAACGACGCCCCCUCAGUGAUGCUGACAUUGUGGCAACAAUACCAGCGAUGCACUCAAAAACGGCGUGCACAACACACGGUUACAGUUGACCAGGAAUUAUCUUGGAGUGGUGUCUUUAAGAGCACUCAGUGUCAAAUCUCAUCGCAGUGAACAAUUUGAACACAUGCAACAGCAGCGUCAAAGCUCUCUCCACAAUGUUGCUGGCAAAGAGAGGUAUUGGGACCUAUGCGCCUGUUGUACUCCUCAAGCAGACACUUUGUUUCGCAAUUUAAACUUGUAUGCACUUUGGAGCGGUUCAUACAUUUUGAAAACAUCUAAAUGCACUGAGAAAAAAAUUUGGACAUGAAAAAGCUUCGCUAUAAUUUUCUUUCUUAUCUAAUUACGUCCAUCAAUUUGCACCCGUGCAUUGCAUCCUGACAUACGUUCCCAGCCUCCGAUUGCUUGUUAUUCCAAUAUUCAUUCAUACCUGGCCACAUUUUUUCAGCGCCAUUUCAAAAGCGAUCCCCGAAGGAUGCUCAACUCGGCAACUCAGCGAGUUUGUAAAGCGGAUAUAGAUUCUGCUCAUUGACCCGUGGAUACGGUGCAUUGCAGCCGUCCGUCCGGCCGUUUUGUUAAAUCUCCACGGGAGUCGUUGUAAUGUGCCACGUUGGGAACACGAUGUCUUCUGUAUCUCAACACCACUACUUGAGCUCCAUUAUGAGUGUUGCUACUGUCAGCACGCUUGAGUUAACGCACGCAAUUGCCCCUUCUUGGGGGUUAACCUCCCCUUAAUUUCACCACCGCCCGAGGGGGCCCAGUUUGCGUCAAACAACGCAACCCGACUGUCAGUGUUCAGUGACUCGGACGGAGAUCGUUUUGAAUCUGUGAAAAUCAGAGCAGAGGCCUGCAACGCUGCCUGUGCCAUCGUAAUUGUUGUCAUCCCGCUGUGCCACGUACACCCCUCUGUUUGUGCCAUGCGUUGGGCAAAAAGUGCAAAUGUGUCUGCGCUUUGAUUAAUUAUCCCUGACGGGAAGGGCCGAGGGAGUGAUGCAUGCUGGCAUGUUGUACAGCUAGUGCUUACUAAUAAUAAUAAUAAAGCAUCAGUUUGAUUGUAAAAUUA